GAUUCUCAACUCAUUCCAUCAACUCUCUCAAACAUCGAAUACGAACACAUAUCACCAUCUCAAUCAUCAUGUUUAACUCAUCAUCUCAGCAUUCAUCAUCAUCAUCAAUUUACCAGAACAAUCGAACAACAAUCACUCUAACAUUCAUCUUCACUAUCAUCUCUACCCUCAGCAAAUCUCUUACAACAGCUUCAACUCUGACCACUCAAUCAUCUACUUCAUCAUUAAUCCAUCCACCUUCAACUCUCUGUUCUCAACCUAAAGGUUUAAUCGAAGAUGCAAAUUGUGCUUUUGAAACUAUAGAUGAAGUUAAUAGAAGAUUACAUUCUCAACUUAAUCAAGCUGUUCAAUUACCAAUCUUUCGAUAUCAUAAAGUUGAUCUUUAUAGACAAUGUCCAUUUUGGUCAGAAGAUGGAGCUUGUGGUAAUAUAGCAUGUGCAGUAGACGAAUUAGAUCAAAAAGAUAUACCAAAGUAUUGGAGAUCCAAAGAAUUAAGUGGAUUAAAGACGACCGAAUCGAACGACUUACCACCUAAUCUAGAACAAAAACCAUGUAAUACCCAAUCCAACGACCAAAACUUUUGUGUAUUAGAUGAUAAUCAAAUCGAACCUUCAUCUCAAAGCGUUUAUGUUGAUUUGUUAUCUAAUCCAGAAAGGUUUACAGGUUAUGCAGGCAAAUCAGCAUCAAGAAUUUGGCAAUCGAUUUAUGAAGAAAAUUGUUUUGAUUUGAUACCUAAAUCGAAGCCUUCAACUAGUCAUGAAUUCAAUAGUUUCUCGAAUCCAGGUAUCAAGGAUUCUUCACUAACUAGUCCUAAAUCGAUUCCUGCGAAUGUGAAUGGUAGACUUACGUUUGAAAGGUAUGGUGAUCAAACUUGUUUAGAGAAACGAGUUUAUUAUAAGUUACUUUCGGGUUUACAUGCUUCUAUUUCGAUACAUAUUUGUGAUGAAUACUUGGAUCCAUUAUCAGGAAAAUGGAUUCCAAACCUACAAUGUUAUUUACAAAGGGUAGGAUCACAUCCCGAAAGGAUCGAAAACCUAUACUUCACCUACACCUUAAUGUUAAGAGCCUUAUCGAAAUCAUCAGAAUACUUGAGAUCAGAAAGAGUCGAGUUAUGUACAGAUGAUGAAGAAUCAGAUGCAAGAACGAAACGAGUCUUGGAAGAAUUGAUCAGUACUUCUAAAGAUUAUCCUGGUACAUUUGAUGAACAUUCAAUGUUUAUGAAUUCGGAAAAUAAAAAAUCUCUUAAAGAAGAAUUUAAAAUGCAUUUUAGAAACGUUAGUAGGAUUAUGGAUUGUGUGGGUUGUGAUAAGUGUAGGUUGUGGGGUAAGUUACAGGUUAUGGGAUUAGGAACUGGGUUGAAAUUGUUAUUUGAAUAUGAAGAAGGUGAUCAAUUAUUUAAUAAUUUUCAUUUAACUAGACCUGAAUUAAUUUCAUUUAUCAACACAUUACAUAGAUUAUCUGAAUCAUUAGUAGCGGUUUCUAAGUUUAGAAAGAUUUGGGAAAGAAGACAAUUA